AUGUCGUCUGAUGUGAAUCGAGUGGACCCGGAGUUCAAGUUCCUGGCCGUCGACCGGACACUGGUGUCGGACCCGACGAAAGCGGCCGAAUGGGCGGCCAAACGACUGGUUUGGAUCCCUCACGAGACGGCCGGCUUCGUGAUGGCAUCCGUGAAGGUGGACAGGGCUGACGAAGUGGAGGUGGAAGUGGUGGACACGAACAAGAAGUGUGUGGUGGCCAGGGAUGACGUGCAGAAGAUGAACCCACCCCGGUUCAAUAAGGUGGAGGACAUGGCUGAGCUGACGUGUCUGAACGAGGCGUCAGUGCUGCACAACCUGAAGGACCGGUACUUCUCGAGCCUGAUCUACACCUAUUCGGGACUCUUCUGUGUAGUCGUGAAUCCGUACAAAAAGCUUCCCAUUUAUACGGAUAAAGUGAUUGAGUUAUACAAAGGCAAGAAACGACACGAAGUGCCGCCGCAUAUCUUCGCCGUCACUGACGCCGCCUAUCGCUCGAUGCUUCAGGACAGGGAAGACCAGUCCAUUCUGUGCACCGGCGAGUCCGGCGCCGGCAAGACUGAGAACACCAAGAAAGUGAUCCAAUACUUGGCUUACGUGGCCUCGUCUAAGCCGAGGACAUCGACAUCCACUUCAUUGCACUCAUACCACGCAUCGCCGCCGCCGCCAAACAUUAUCGGAGAGUUAGAGCAACAGCUUCUCAAAGCCAAUCCUAUUCUCGAAGCCUUCGGUAACGCAAAGACUGUCAAAAACGACAACUCAUCCCGUUUUGGGAAAUUCAUACGAAUCAACUUCGACGCCUCCGGGUUUAUAGCCGGCGCCAACAUCGAGACCUACCUCUUAGAAAAGUCGCGAACAAUAAGACAGGCCGUCGACGAGAGAUGUUUCCAUAUAUUCUAUCAGUUAUUAAACGGCACUCAAAGCGAGCAAAUCCGGGACUUCUUGUUGGAAGACGUGAAGAACUACACGUUCCUGACUCACGGCAAUGUGCCGGUGCCCGGAGUGGACGAGACUCUCGAGUUCAACAACACUGUACAAGCGAUGCAAAUAAUGGGUCUGUCGGGUGAAGACCUGAGUGCCAUAUUCCGAGUCGUGUCGUCUGUCAUACUGUUUGGUAAUAUGAAGUUCAAACAGGAGAGGAACUCAGAUCAGGCCACCCUUCCCGACAAUACUGUGGCCCAAAAAGUCAGCCAUUUAUUGGGUCUAAACGUGACGGAAACGAUAAAAGCAUUCCUAAGGCCGCGCCUCAAAGUGGGUCGCGAUUAUGUGACCAAAGCCCAGACCAAAGAACAGGUCGAGUCUGCCGUUGAAGCCAUCGCUAAGGCGUGUUACGAAAGAAUGUUCAAAUGGUUAGUCCAUCGGAUCAACCGCUCACUGGACCGCACCAAACGACAGGGCGCCUCAUUCAUCGGCAUCCUCGACAUCGCCGGCUUCGAGAUCUUUGAACUCAAUUCCUUCGAACAGAUGUGCAUUAAUUACACGAAUGAAAAACUGCAGCAACUCUUCAAUCACACGAUGUUUGUCUUAGAACAAGAGGAAUACCAACGCGAAGGCAUUGAAUGGAAAUUCAUUGACUUCGGUCUCGAUUUACAGCCAACUAUUGAUUUGAUUGAAAAGCCAAUGGGUAUUCUGGCGCUUCUGGACGAGGAGUGUUGGUUCCCUAAAGCCACGGAUAAGACGUUCGUCGAGAAACUUAUGUCGGCCCACAAUCAACACCCAAAGUUCAUUAAAUCAGACUUCAGGGGAACGGCUGAUUUCAGUAUAAUUCAUUACGCCGGAAAGGUCGACUAUUUGGCAACUCAAUGGCUUAUGAAAAAUAUGGAUCCAUUGAAUGAGAAUGUGGUCUCACUUUUACAAAACUCUUUGGAUUCGUUUGUUGUCCAGAUAUGGAAAGAUGCUGAGAUCGUGGGUAUGGGUGUGGCCACUAUGGGUGACACUCAGUUCGGCGCCCGCACCAGGAAAGGGAUGUUCAGAACUGUUAGUCAACUAUAUAAGGAUCAGUUGUCCAAAUUGAUGGUCACUUUGAGGAAUACAAAUCCAAACUUUGUUCGCUGUAUUAUUCCUAAUCACGAGAAAAAGGCGGGAAAAAUAGACGCACCGCUUGUGUUGGAUCAGUUGAGGUGCAAUGGAGUCCUCGAAGGAAUCCGUAUCUGUCGUCAGGGCUUCCCAAACAGAAUACCAUUUCAAGAAUUUAGACAACGAUAUGAAUUGUUGACACCCAAUGCUAUUCCCAAAGGCUUUAUGGACGGGAAGCUCGCGUGUGAGAAGAUGAUUGUUGCGCUUGAUUUGGACCCCAAUCUGUAUCGCGUCGGCCAAAGCAAGAUAUUCUUCAGGGCCGGCGUUUUGGCACAACUGGAAGAGGAGAGAGAUAUGAAAAUAUCUGAUCUGAUAAUCAACUUCCAGGCGUGGUGUCGGGGACUACUCGCGCGCCGUAAUUAUCAAAAACGUCUGCAACAGUUGAACGCCAUUCGCAUUCUUCAGCGCAAUUGUGCCGCUUAUCUGAAGCUGAGGAACUGGAGCUGGUGGAGGCUCUACACCAAAGUAAAGCCAUUGCUUGAAGUGACCAAACAUGAGGACAAACUUCUCGAGAAAGAGGACGAACUGAAACAAGUGAAGGAACAGAUGGUUAAAGCAGAACAAGACGUUCUCGAGUUGGAGAAGAAGUUCCAGCAAAUAGUGGACGAGAAGGCGAUGAUUGCGGAACAGCUUCAGGCGGAGACCGAACUCUGCGCCGAAGCAGAAGAGGCUCGACUCAGACUCGCCGCUCGGAAACAGGAGUUGGAGGAAAUACUUCACGACUUAGAGGCCAGGAUUGAAGAGGAAGAAGAGCGCAACCAAUCAUUAACCGCCGAAAAGAAAAAACUUCAGUUAACUAUUCAGGACUUAGAGGAACAGCUCGAAGAAGAAGAGACGGCUCGCCAGAAGUUACAGCUCGAAAGGGUCUCACUCGACACUAAAGCCAAAAAACUUGAGGAAGACUUCGCUGUUGUCGAGGACUCCAACAAUAAAUUACUUAAAGAGAAGAAGGCUUUAGAGGACAGACUCUCAGAGAUAUCGCAUUCGGCAUCUGAAGAGGAAGAGAAGGCAAAACAUUUGAGUAAAUUAAAGGCUAAACACGAGGCGACGAUCGCUGAUUUGGAGGAUCGGCUUAAGAAAGAGCAACAGAUAAGACAAGAGCUCGAGAGAGUGAAGAGAAGGCUCGAGACAGAGCUGAAUGACAUUAAAGAGCAGUUGAAUGAGAAGCGCGUGCAGGUGGAGGACCUCCAGACACAGCUCACCAAACGCGAGGAAGAGUUGAGUCAAGCGUUGCUCCGAUGCGACGAAGAAAGCGCAUCGAAGGCUCAGUCGAGCAAAAUAUUGCGGGAAUUGGAGUCUCAACUAAUGGAAAUGCAAGAAGACUUGGAGAGUGAGAAGCAGUCUCGAGCUAAGGCCGAGAAACAAAAGCGAGACCUGAAUGAGGAGUUGGAAGCACUGAAAAACGAAUUGUUGGACUCCUUGGAUGUAACGGCAGCUCAACAGGACUUGACAGUGAAACGCGAGCAAGAGUUGGAGCGUCUGAAGAGGAGUCUGGAGGAGGAGUCUAGUCAGCACGAGUCCCAGUUCUUAGAUAUUCGUCAAAAACACGCCAAAGCCAUCGAUGAAUUGAACGAACAGUUGGAUAACCUGAAGAAGAAUAAGGCGACGCUCGAGAAGUCCAAAGGAAAUCUGGAGGCAGAGAACGCCGAUAUGGCCAAUGAGUUGAAGACUUUGAACUCCACUAAACAAGAGAGCGAUCGUCGGCGCAAACAAAUGGAGACUCAGUUACAAGAAUUAGCCGCAAAACAAACGGAUACCGAAAGAAUUAAAUCUGAUUUAAGCGAUCGAACGGUUAAACUCCAGACAGAGUUGGAAACAGUGAGUCUUCAGUUGGAAGAACUGGAACGACGCGCUAGUCAUGCCAUUAAGAACAGCUCCACUCUUGAAGCACAACUCACUGAAGCUCAGGACCUUCUCCACGAAGAGACCAAACAGAAGCUUACGCUUAGCUCUCGUCUGAGACAAGUAGAGGCCGAAAGGGAUGCCCUCCAGGAACAGAUCGAAGAGGAAGAGGAAGCGAAGAAUAAUUUAGACAAACAAAUCGCACAAUUAGUUCAACAAAUCGCUGAUAUGAAGAAGAAGACUGACGAUGAAACCGAACUCUUGGUUAUGAGUGAAGAGUCGCGCAAGAAAUCUGCCAAAGAAUUGGAGCUUUUGCAGAGACAAUUGGACGAGUCUUUGGUGAACGCCGACAAGUUUGAGAAGUCCAAGAAAAAGCUUCAGUCAGAAGUGGAAGAUUUAAAUAUCGAAAUCGAAAGCCAGAGAUCGAAAGUCUCGGAAUUGGAGAAAAAGCAGCGAAAGUUUGACGCCAUGUUAGCCGAAGAGAAGACAUUGUCUGAACGAAUAGCCGCCGAACGCGACAACGCCGAGAGGGAGGCCCGAGAGAAGGAGACGAGAAUCCUGUCGCUGACCCGCGCUCUCGAGGAAAAGGAGGAACAGUUCGAAGAGUUGGAGAGAGCGAGACGUCAGUUACAGACAGAACUCGACGAGUUGGUCAACAACCAGGACUCGGCCCACAAGAACUUCCAUGACUUAGAGAAAUCCAAACGCAGUCUCGAGAACUCUGUGGCCGAACAAAAGGCUCAGAUCGAGGAACUGGAGGACGAGUUGCAGUUGAGUGAAGACGCGAAGUUGCGGCUCGAAGUGAAUAUGCAGGCGCUUAAGUCACAGUUCGAUAGGGAUAUGAUGGCCAGAGAGGAACAGGCGGAGGACAAGCGCCGACUUCUGCUCAAACAGGUCAGGGAUUUGGAGGCGGAGUUGGAGGACGAGAGGAAGCAAAAGGCGGCCGCAAUUGGCGCCCGAAAGAAACACGAGAGUGAAUACCAUGAUUUGGAACAACAGAUGGAAAUGGGAAACAAACUCAAAGAAGACGCUCUCCGACAGUAUAAGAGACUUCAGGCGCAGAUGAAGGACUACCAGAGAGAGGCCGAAGAGGCGAAAGCCAUGAGAGAUGAACUGAUAGCACAGGCCAAAGACGCCGAAAAACGUGCCAAAUCUUUAGAGGCAGAAGUGGCUCACCUUCAGGAAGACUUGGCCACCAGUGAGAGGGCCCGUCGGACGGCUGAAAACGAACGCGAAGAGCUCUACGAGGAGAACAACUCUUUGGGACCGCUUAGGGCUCUCAUUCAGGACGAGAAGCGCCGAAUGGAAGCCCAGUUGAGUCAACUGCAAGAGGAGCUCGAGGAAGAACAGAGCAAUUCUGAAAUACUGAUGGAUAAGACUCGCAAACUUCAGACCCAAAUCGAGACGAUGACCAACGAAUGCGCGGCCGAAAAGUCGAAUUCACAGAAAUUGGAGAAUUCACGACUUGUUAUCGAACGCCAAAACAAAGAACUUAAGUCCAAACUACAAGAGUUAGAGACCUCUCAAAGAACUAAAACCAAAGCGACGAUCGCAGCACUUGAGGCGAAAAUCGCUCAAAUGGAGGAAUCGCUGGAACUCGAGACUAAAGAGAAACAAAUGGCUUCCAAAGGAAUGCGUAAAAUGGAUAAGAAGGUGAAGGAUGCCCUCAUGCAGGUGGACGACGAGCGCAGACACGCCGACCAGUAUAAGGAACAGGUGGAGAAAGUGAACAAUAGGAUCAAAGCACUCAAGAGACAGUUGGAUGAGGCGGAGGAGGAGUGUUCCCGAGAGAAAGGCAUUCGUCGCAAAGUGCAGCGAGAACUCGAAGACACACUCGAGGCCAAUGAAGCGCUCACCCGAGAGAUCGGAAAUCUGAAGAAUAAAAUCAGACGUUCGGGUGGAUCCGGUGGAGGCUCCAGAAGUUAUCUCAAUAACAAGAGGGGUUCCAUGAGUGGUACAGGAGAUGAUGGAUCUGUUGGCUCACCACUCGAUGACGACAGUCCUGCCAACGACGACAGUCCCGCUUAACUUAAAUAGCAUUUGAAUAUAUUUUAUAUUAUAUGCAAUUAAUUAGUGUUUUAUUCAAUCAAUCAAUGAAUGGGAUAUUCAUUUGGAAAGGUUUUGGAAUGCAUUCUAUAAAUACUAUUUGUUUUAGUACUGCAAUGGUUUGUAACAAUCAAACAACUCUUUGCCUCAAUAUUGCCUUCAAAUUGAUUUCAAAAUAAUUAUUACAUUCCUUUCGAAAGGAUGUGAAGAGCAAUCCCUUCGCAUCCAUUCCGUUGCCUUCUUUACAAUAGAAAAACCGAUGUUUUUAUCAAUUUUUAAACUAUUUUUGCAACAAAUUCUUGAAACAAAUUUAUUACAAAUUUCUUAAAGAUAAGUAUUUUAACGAAUGAGCGUUUAGAUAAGCAUUUAAUUAUACAUCACAUGAUUGCUAUUAAUUAAUAAUAUUAAUUGUUAAUUAUUAUUGAUUCAGAAAUGAACA